AUGGACCUCCACUAUCUGGGCUCUAAAACAUCACACACAGAGCACAAGAUGGAGGACUUCACAACAGCGCACAACGAUCUCACCAACCAUGUAGAGCAACUUCGGCAUCAACUAGCACGCUAUGAAACUAAGAUAAUGGAUCUGGAGGAUAGGUCCCGACGGUGCUACACAUGCUUAAGAGGGAUCUUUGAGGAUGUGAUAAACCAAGGCCUGGCUGCCUAUCUAACAGGUUUAUUCAACACAUUGUUCCCUGAACUGCCAGUAGCAAUGCUCCUGAUGGACAGAGCACACCGCAUGGUGCCACCGCAACUUCUGCCACCCAGCACUGCCAGGGAUGUGUUUG